UUUUCCAUCAUUUCCACCACUUCAACCGAGCGGUACACCUUGCCCGCGGAGAUGUGGAAGGACCCAUGAGCCAAGACAUCCAAGACGACGAACCAGAGGAAGAAGAAUUGGAUGGGGUAGAAGAUGAUGAAGCUGAAACUGAUGGGCGAAGUCGCUCCUCGGGGUACCCGGGAGGGGCGGAGGCGUGGGACGAGAUUUUGGCGUGUCCCUUGGAGAUUCGCUUCACCCAGGACAAGAUCCAUCCCUUCUUCUACCGCCGCGGUCCCAUCGUCAACGUCUUGCCGAAGAUCCGUGCGGUGGGCAACGAGGAUGGUUCCUGUGAUUUGGUGCCACCCUUUGCGCCCAUUCACUGCCUGAGGAAGGGCAGCGUUUUAUGGUCCUUGGACAACCGCCGGCUCUACGCCUUGCAGUUGGUGGCAAUGGAUCUCUGGCCCCGGCCCUGCAGGGUUCGCUGCUUGAGCCGUGAACGGCUGCCAAGACACAAGUUGAAGACGCAGUACCGCAAGUUCAACACCAGAUCAGAUGGUCGAACGAUUGCAGUCACCACGAGGUAUCAAAAUUUUGACACCUGGAACUGGCAAGAGAGGGCGGCUGAGAUUGAGUUGUACUCGUUGUCCAAACGUCUCAGUGUGGUCUUCACCACCUUCGAAGCUCUGCCGGUGCUGGGCGCCAUGCUCUUCCGCACGGGUUACACGGGGCUCCAGUCACGCUGGCCGUUGAUCAUCAGCUUUCUUCUUGCCUUUUCUUUGGACUUCACGCGUCAGCAAGUGCCCUUCCUGGAAAAACAGCUGUGCCUCUUGCAAGUCCAAGCAAUUCAGCGCGAAGAAUCCUUGAUCAAGCUGUCAUGGCAAGGGGAUGAUGUGCAGGGCGUGUGCAAGUUGCAGCUUGCCGCCAUCAUGGCUAUCACUUUGCUGAUGAUGCUGCCGUGCAUCUUCGGCAUCGCCGAGGUCAAGGUGAGAUCCUCGGUCUUCUCCUGUUGGUUGGGAGUGGCCUUCAUGCUUCUGAUCCAGUUGAUGUUUGCUCUUCAACGAACGGAGAGCAGUGAAAAAGUCGACGAUGCCGCAGAGGCGGCCUCUGACAACGAAGAAGGAAGUGACGACAAAGCGGCCGACAAAGCGGCCGCUGACACGUAGGAUCUGGGAAUGUCUUGG